AUGGAGUCCAAUCUCGACCAUGCCCGAGAAUUAGUGGCUUUGCAGUUUCUACACUCUUUUCUACCGAUUAUUGCUGCAACCUACUACGUUGGUGCUUCUAUUGUGAGAAGUAUACGUGCACAUAAGAACAAUGAAUCCAUUUCCCAAGAUCAGAAAUGGUUAAGAAUUACGCUUGGCUGUAUCAUGGUCCUCGUAUUGGCAACUUAUGUCGGCGAUUCGGUGAUAUUGAUAUUAGCCUCGAUUUCCAAAGCUGUAAUCUCUCCGCCACAGCACUUCAUCAUCUUUGCGCUAGCUUCAGGACUUCUUUGGUUUAGCAUUCUUUUGAUGUGCAUCGAUUCCCAAUCGCCCCCGGGCUAUCCACUUUACGGAUACUGCCUCAUUUACUUCGUGUUUGAAGUUGCGCUGCUUUCGUUAUCCAUUCUACUUGGAAUCCCUCGAACAGGGGAACCCAACGGAAAAAGAGCAAUUCAGGGAAUCCGCCUGUUCUUAUUUUCCCUCGUCCCUUGUGUUGCUUUUGGUUUUCUCCUUCUCACGACCAAAAGUAUUGACGGUGAUGAGGAAAGCGCACCUCUGUUGAGUGACACGAUGAAUGUGACUCCAUCAACUGAAAACACAUAUGGAGCUUGCGAUAAUUCAUCUGACGCCGGUGCUCCCCAGCCCUCUAAAAAAGACACAACCCUGUUCGAUGAGGACGAUGAGGAAGAAUUGAAUGCGGCAGACGUGGAUUUAUGGGCCUUUGUUUCAAAUCUAUAUGUCCUUGCUCCAUUCUUCUGGCCUUCCAAAAAACUAAAACUGAAACUGUGUUUUGUGGGAGUUGGUAUUUGUCUGGCUUUUGCACGGAUCAUAAAUAUCUUGAUCCCGAUUCAGAUAGGGCUGAUUACCAACAUCCUUAGCCAAAAUAAUGGAGUUUUCCCUUGGAAAAACGUUACUGUUCUAAUUGCCCUUCGAUUGCUCGAUUCCAGUGGCGGGUUGCCAUCAGCCAUGAAAUUCAUGUGGAUGCCGCUGGAGAACUUUGCAUACAUGAAUCUCAGCACAACAGCAUAUAAUCAUGUCAUGACGCUUUCAAGUGACUAUCAUGAUAGCAAAAACUGUGGGAGUCUCUGGCAAGUAGUAUUCCGAGGUCAAAAUGUUAAAGAUAUGGUUACAAAUCUUUGUUUUCAUAUUGGCCCCAUGAUAAUUGACCUUGCACUAGCAGUCAGCGUUUUAUACUACUUGUUUGACGCCUAUAUGGCAUUGGACGUUGCAGCUGUCUCUGUGUUGUUCCUCUGGUCGUCUGGCAAAAUUUUAGCUAAGCAAGCUGGUCAACGGAAGGAAUAUAUUAUUCAUAGGUCGAAAGAGUUUACGCAUCUGUGUGAGACUACGGCCAACUGGCACACUGUUUCAUAUUUUAAUCAUAUACCCUACGAAAAGUCGAGAUACUUGUCACGCGUGCAAGACCAUUUGGCAGCCUUGUUCAAGUUUGUGUUUUGGGGGCGGAUUGAAAACAUUGUUCAAUCCCUGGCGUUAAUUUUAGGAUUGUCGGUUGCCUGUUUUAUGGCAAUCUAUCAAGUUGUCAAAGGUUACAAGCCGGUCGGUAGCUUCAUAAUGCUACUCAGUUAUUGGGGGCAGCUGUCUGGCCCCCUUCAGUUCAUUGCCGGUGGGUUUAACAACCUUGCAAUGGAUAUGGUGGAUAUGGAGGAAUACCUCAAACUGUUAAAGCAAAAACCAACAAUUACCGAUCGUCCACAUGCACAACCCUUACAUUUUGACCAAAGCGAUAUUGAAUUCGUUGACGUCAGUUUUUCGUACGAUGGGAAACGAGAGGUUUUAAAGAAUGUCAAUUUCAAAGCCAAGUCUGGCCAGACCACGGCAUUGGUUGGUCAGACUGGUGGUGGUAAAACGACUAUCUUAAAGCUACUCGGUCGCUUUUAUGAUCCGACUUCAGGCAGUGUGAGAAUCGGUGGGCAAGACAUUUCUCAUGUCAUUCUCGAAAGCCUUCGCGCCAACCUUGGUUUCGUUCCCCAGAGCCCUGCCCUUUUUCACGAUACAAUAAUCAACAACAUCCGAUAUGCAAGACUCGGAGCCACUGAUGAUGAAAUUAUCGAAGCUUGCAAAGCUGUGGCUCUUCAUGAUCGGAUUUUGUCAUUUACUGAAGGAUAUCAGACGCUGGUGGGUGAACGCGGCGUGAAACUCUCGGGCGGGGAGCUACAACGUGUUGCAAUCGCUCGGGCAAUUAUCCAGAAUCCUAAAAUUGUUCUCUUGGACGAAGCUACCAGCGCUGUGGACAGUGAAACAGAAGCCUUUGUCCAAGAAAGUUUACGCCGUCUCAGUGAAGGAAGGACAACCUUUAUCAUUGCACAUCGUCUUUCGACCGUGAUCAACGCAGAUAAAAUUCUAGUCGUUGCUGACGGCACAAUCGUUGAAGAAGGGAAUCACGCUGAACUCCUGGAAAAGAGAGGUCGUUACCACCGACUAUGGGCUUUUCAGGGAGCCUUCCAUAACCCGAAGUCUAAACAUGAACAAACGGGAAUUCUCAUUAACGACCUAGAUAAUAAGGGUUCUGUAAUUAGGGAAGAUUUCCCAGAAGAUGGAAAAGAUAUUGCUUCAAGCCGAAGUGGGGAUAAUGCCGGUGAGGCAUUAGACAACAGCGGCAAGCAAGGUCGUGAACCCUUGAGUCAAAAAAAUCCCAAUAGCGAAAGUGGAGUGUCCACGAACAACCCCUUUUCGAAAAAAAUCUGGAAGCCAGAUGCCCCUGAAUUCGUCCCUAGAGCUCAUCAAAGCCCCAGACCUUCGGUUCUGGAAGUAGUACCAACUCAAACAAAUGGGACCAAUCAUUGUUUUCCCAGUGGAGCUGCAUCUCUGAACCUCUCAAAGGAGAAUGUCCCGCCACCAGGCAGCACGGACAGCAGUUUGAAUGCCCAGAUGAAGAACGAAGACCGAGAAACCAUAUCGUUACCCUCGAAAAAGCAAAUGGCUUUGGGGCAGCCCGGAUUAAAGGACGUUCGUUCUGCUGAGUUAGAACAGGAGCCUGCUACCCAGGAUCCCACUGAGAUUAACUCCCCUCGAUUUGCCAGUCUGCAAAAUAGUACUCAACGUCGCCGGGAAUUGACCAAAAGUGAGCCUACUGGCCUUGGAAAGAGCACGAGUCAAGGCGGGGACGAAACUUCAUCAUUAGUCGAUUCGGAAACUACAAAACCAGCGACUCAGCACAAGAAAGGCCAGUCAACGGCUAAUCAGCGUCGUCGCCGCCGUAACCGUAACGGGAACAGUAGCAACGAUAACCCGGAGCAGGGAAACUCCAAAACUAGUCCGGAUUGCACCAGAUCUUCGUCAUACUGA